AUGGAUUUUUAUCAAGAUCAUGUUGAUAUGAUCACUAUUUAUAUUGAAGAAGCUCAUGCAGUUGAUGAAUGGCCUAUUGGUAGUCGAAUAUGUUAUGUUCAACCAAAAACUGAUGAAGAUCGAAUUAGUAUUGCAUAUGAUUUUAUCAAAGCAACAAACUAUCACAUUCCAUUAUUAAUUGAUCCAGUAUCAAAUAAUAAUCCAUUUAGUCAAGUUUAUAGUCCAUGGCCGAUUCGAUUUUAUAUUAUUGAUCAUAUGAAAAAGUUUAGUUAUAUUGCUCAACCGAUUCAAGGUUCAUUUCCAUUAGAAUUGAUAAAAAAUGCAUUGAAUGAAGCGAUUGAAAAAUGUCAAUAA